UUUGGAGGACAUAACUUAGUGAAAAUCUAAAAAGUAGGACACUCCGAAUCGUUUCAUAAAAAAUAAAAUGAAACCAGCAAUUAUUGUUGUUGCUCACUACAUCCUUGAAAAUACCUCUCUUAUCUGCUGAACUCAACCCUGCAAGUGGAAUCCUAAAUCAGGUUCCGACGCCGGAUGACAGAGAAUGACGGCUCAUCCGCCAAUGGCGAAAAAGCUCUCAAGGAAUGUGAACGCAUGAUUCAGAAGAGCCUCAAGUCUCCAAUGGUGAAGUUCUUGAGGGAACACUUGAAGAAAGCUGGGUGUCCUGUUGAAGACAAUUUCAUCAAAGCUGUUAAUUGUGAUCAGUUACAUUCUGGCGGUUACCUUCCCGGUCAAGGGAUAGUUGUGUGUGGAAAUCGGACACAAAUUCAAGAUGAGGUUAACCAGGCGAUAAUUCAUGAACUAAUUCAUGCAUUUGAUGACUGUCGGGCUGCAAACUUGGAUUGGACUGAUUGUGCUCACCAUGCUUGUAGUGAGAUAAGAGCUGGUCAUCUAAGCGGUGAUUGUCAUUACAAACGGGAACUUCUACGAGGAUUUCUGAAAAUACGAGGGCACGAACAAGAAUGCAUCAAAAGAAGAGUUUUGACAUCAUUGUCUUCAAAUCCGUAUUGUGCUGGUUCAGCUGCCAAGGAUUCUAUGGAAGCUGUAUGGGAUGUUUGUUACAACGAUACAGCACCUUUCGAUAGAGCUCCUUAAGAAUUGUAUGGUUGUUUGUUAAUGGCUUAUGAUAUAGAAAGCCAUUGUUUCCAUUAUUUGGCUUGAAAUUUUUUAAGGUGACCAUAAAUGUAAUUCAAAUUGAAUAAAACAAUGACUUAUUUAUUUUUAGCUGAGAUUUUUCUUCUUUUGCAAGUUGUAACUUCAUACGGAAGCUUAUUUUCUUCUCAUUGUUUUAUAGAUUGUCAUGUACCAAUGUUAAAUUAACACUUGUGUUGUACACUGAAUCCAAAAUUGCUUGGUUGUAACUGGAGUAUGGUAGUCGACAUUGGUUCCAUUAUUUGGCUAGCAGCCAUUGUUGUUGUUGAA